AUGGAGGUCCAAACAUCUUCAAGAGGCCUUCUUCGGGAGUUGCUGGACAUCACGCCAGUUGCAGUUGAAGAGGCCGUGAAUGCUACGUGGCAUGCUUGGGUGCAGCCUCGGUUGGCCACAAAGGCCUUGAGUGAGCUAGCUGCACGAAGGAAGGGUCAGGUGGCGGCGCAGGUGUUGGCAGCUAUGCAAAAAGGUGCUGCGGAAACUUCCACAUUUCACUACAACGCUGUGAUGAACGCAUGCUCUACAAGUAGUCUCUGGCAAACAGCCCUGGGCUUGCUGACAAGGAUGUCAAAGCACCGGGCGGAUUGUGACAUCAUCAGCUUUAGCACGGCUAUCUCCGCCUGCGAGGGCUCGAGCCAGUGGAUACCAGCCUUGGAGCUCCUUGAGAUGUCCUCAAAAGCCCGGCUGAGGCAGAACAUCGUCAUUUACAACAGCACCAUGAGUGCUUGUGCCAAUGCUGGACGCUGGGACGUGGCGUUGCAUUUGCUGGAGUCUUCGCGGCACAUGAGGUUUUUACCAACGGUAGUCACUUAUGGCGCAGCUAUUUCUGCAUGCGAGAAGGGCGGUGAAUGGGAAUUGGCGUGUUCCAUUUUCCAUUCUUCUUUGUCAGAUGCUUGCACACCGAACACCAUCACAAUGGAUUCCUGCAUCAGUGCUGGUGAAAAGGCUGGGCAAUGGCAGCUGGCCCUACAGGUCUUGGGAUCGAUGUGCAGCUUUCAAGUUGAAAAGGUUGAUGUCAGUUGCAAUGCUGCAAUCAGCGCGUGUGAAAAGGCAGCGCGCUGGCAAUUGACGGGUGUGAUUCUUGGCGACAUGCAGCAAGCUGGUGUUGGAAGGGAUUUCAUCAGCUUUGACUCGUCGAUCAGUGCGUGUGAGAAGGGGGAACAAUGGAGCGCGGCGCUCCAACUCUUUAAAGACAUGGGGGAUGUCACUAUCAAACGCAUCGUCAUCAGCUUCAACUCAGCUGUGAGUGCGUGCGAAAAGGGCCGUGAAUGGCAGCGAGCGCUGCUUGUGCUGAAACGGCUGCCAUUUGACGAUCUCAGGCCAAGUGUCAUAAGCUUUAACUCUGCCAUCAGUGCAUGUGAAACCUCUGGCUACUGGCGGGCGGCGCUCCAAUUGGUUCGUCUCAUGAUGUUCAUUGAAUUGACCCCCACUGCUGUGACCUGCAGUUCAGCCAUCAGUGCCUGUGACAAGGGCGAACGGUGGAGGCUGAGCGAGUUGGGUCUUGGGCUUCCUGGAUCUUUGGCACAAGGAGGGCAAAGUCAAUGA